AUGCCCGCCGACUACAAGUCCGCAGCAGCGGCUCUGUCCCUAUCCCCAUCGCCAGUCAAUACGCCAACAUCACCGCGCCAUGGUGACUCCGAUGACGAGGACCACGGCGAGUCUUCCCCUGCCCCGCCUUGGGUGCGCACCCGACCCUCCGUCUCCGCCCGCCGACUGUCCACUCGCCCGUUCAACCCGAACCGCAGGGCGUCCUCGACACAGAACCGGUCCUUCGUGACACAACUCAUCCGCACCGGCGAGCAGACAACUCGCUGGGCGCUGAAGCUGUUCUACCGCCUCUCGCCGCUGCAGCGCGUGCUCGUGGUCGUCGCCCUGGUGGCGGUCUUCAUCCUCUCCAUCCUCGCUCUCGUCUACUCGCACAAGAUCUUCGGCUGGCUCGGUCCCGUGUCGACCAAGUGGCGCGCGCUGCCCGGCGGGUGGCUGAUCGUCUGGUUCCUGACGUUCGGGACGGCGUUCCCGCCCAUGAUCGGGUACAGCACGGCGUGCACGGUGGCGGGCUUCGUGUACGGGUUCCCGCUGGGGUGGCCGAUCGUGGCGACGGCCAGCGUCGCGGGCAGCCUGGCGGCGUUCGUGACGAGCCGCACCGUCUUCAGCGGCUACGUGGACCGGCUGGUCGGGCACGACAAGCGCUUCCAGGCGCUGGGCCACGUCCUGCGGCACGACGGCCUCGUCGUGCUCGCCCUCAUCCGCUUCUGCCCCCUGCCCUACAGCCUGAGCAACGGCUUCCUCGCCACCAUCCCCAACAUCCACCCGGGCGCCUUCGCCCUCGCCACCGCCCUCAGCAGCCCCAAGCUGCUCGUCCACGUCUUCAUCGGCAGCCGCCUGGCCCUGCUCGCCGAGAAGGGCGACACCAUGAGCGGCGGCGACCGCGCCAUCAACUACGUCUCCAUGGCCGUCGGCGGGCUCGUAGGCGCCACGGUCGGCUAUGUCAUCUACCGGCGCACGAUGGCGCGGGCGGCCGAGCUGGCGCGCGAGGAGGAUCCCGAAGCGGCGGCGGCGGCGGCCCGCGCUGGGCUGCCCGGGGCCGGCGACUAUGCGGACAGCGAGGAGGAGGACGCGCGGCUGAUGGACCCAAACGACGCAGACGCCGCGGCGCUGAUGGACGACGAUGACAUCUCGCUGUGGGACAACACGGAUGGCGUCGAGGGAGGCGGCUAUAGAGACAGCUUUACGGAUGAGGAUGGGACCUCUCAGGGGAAGGCGCAGAGGAAGUAG